AUGCCUUAUUUAUUAAUUUCAACACAAAUUCGAAUGGAAUGUGGACCAACAAUGGUUGGAGAUGGAGAUAGUGAUGCUGAAUUAAUGGCUAUUUUAGAAGCAAAAUUGACCAAGCAAUUGGGAAAUGAAUUUAUGGUUAGUUGGAGGGUUUAUGCGGGAAAAGGGAAGGGAGAAUCUAGAAAUCUACUGAGAUUUGUGAUAUUUUCAUAUUAAAAAAAAUUGUGCCGGUCGUGAAGAUAUAGUAAAAUUUUGACUUUUGCGAAACAUGUCGGAUUUUUUUUUCAAGUUCCCCGUCCGAAAAUAAUUCAAAAAUUCUUUCAAAAAAUUUCCUUAAAAACUGUACUUUUCUAUUUGUUCCGUUUUCACACUUUUUACACAAAAGGUGUGUAAUAUUUAUUUUUGUUUCAUUUUUUUGAUAAGAAAAUCCCAUUUCCUUGUCUUGUCAACCAAAAAAAAAACAAAAAAACUAAUUUUUGUUAUUGAUCGAAAAAACCUUGAAAAACUAUUUAUUUGCUUUGUUUUUCUACAUAUUUCCAACAUCUCUUUCAACUAAAUGCUUUCCUAAAGAGACGCAGAGAAAAAAAACAUGAAAAUAGUGGUUUUUAGCUUUGUUGUUUUUUUGUUAUCUAACAAAAAAACGUUUUUUUUUGUUGAAAGAUGAUUUAAAAAACUGAAAUUAUCAGUUUUCUGGUUUGUACGAACUUCAAGUAAAAUUUUGGACCAAAGAAUUUAUUUUUUUUUAAAUUUAACUUCUGUUAUUUCAAUUAGUAUUAAAAAAAACCGGAUACAAAAAUUCCACAACCCGAGAAUUACAUUUUUCAACUUUUCCCCCAAAUUUCCCCAAAAUUUUAUUCCAGGAAUAUAUCACAAAAUGGUCACCCCGUCGAGUUUUGAAUAAAUUGGAAGAUUUGGGAUGGAAAGUUGUAUCAAUGGCUGGAAUUGGACAAACUUGUGCAUGGACUUUACAUAAAUCAUCAUAA